AUGUUAAAUACAGAUGAUACAAAACUUCAACUUCGGCGAUUAAAUACUGACGUUCACAAUCCUUGCUAUCUCCUUUAUAUGCGUGAUGUCAAUCUUUUACUGGACUGUUGUUUAGAUUUGUCAAAUUUGUCAUAUUUCCUACCAAACCACCAACUGAUGAGUCCUGGUUGUUCUGACCUACCUCAUAUGGUGGGGGAUAGAGGAGGUGAUAUGUUUACUAAGCUAGGUGAUAUAAACUAUAUCAAUACUGGCUUUAAAUUCUGCAUGUUAAAAUCUUCAGAGAUGUCAUCUAUUUUUUGGGAAACUGUUGAUGCAAUUCUUGUGUCAAAUACACGCAGUAUUUUAGGAUUACCGUUUCUUUUUGAGAAUACCAAAUUUCGUGGAAAAAUAUUUGCAACUGAACCAGUUGUAAAGUUUGGAAAAAUAUUAAUAGAUGAUUUACUGAGUGAACUUGAUCAGCUGGCUGAAUCUCAAAGUGUUUCCACUCAACCUAAUAUGAAAGCAAGUGGAUUUACCGAUGCAACUGACCAUUUAAUGAAUUCUGGUGAAUACAACUGGACAAAGUUUUAUACCCGUGAAUCGGUUACAAAAGCUUUGGAUAGGGUUCAUCUGGUCGCCUACCAUGAACCUGUGGAUAUUUUCGGUCUGCUGACUAUUAAGGGUUUAAGUGCUGGGUAUGGAAUUGGAAGUUGUAAUUGGAUUAUUACAUCGAGUACAGAAAAAGUGGCCUACAUUUCACAUACUUCGUUGUUACAUUCCAUGUCCUGCCUUUCGAUGAGAGUGGAUUCGAAGACACGGAUAUCUUAA